AAUAACAUUUAUACGUCAUCUCUCUCUCUUUCUUUUUGUUUUGUACAUAUCUUCUUCUUCCUCUGACCUGUUCUUACCAUUUUCUCUGCUGUUAACAUAGCUCAAACUUACAUACCCAGAAAAUAAAAUUAAACUAAAUCCAAGACAACCCUUUUGUUUGAUCUAGAGAGAAAGAAAUGUUAGCAUCAAUUAAAGAGCUUGCAAGACUUAAUUUAGCUGCAGUUUUGGUAAUUGUUGCUACUUUGUUAUUUUCUUCUUCACUUGUGUUUGCUAGUGAUGUAGUUCAUCAAGAUAACAUUGCUCCAAAGAAGCCAGGCUGUGACAAUGACUUUGUUCUGGUAAAAGUUCCAACAUUCAUUGAUAGUCAAAAGAAAGAUGUGUUUGUUGGUGUUGGUGCUCGAUUUGGUCCCACCUUACCAUCAAAGCAGAAAGAUGCUAUAAAAGGUCGAGUUGUCCUGGCAGACCCUCCUGAUUGUUGCAGUAAACCAAAAAAUAAGCUUACAGGUGAGGUCAUCCUAGUGCACCGCGGUAACUGCAGUUUCACAUCAAAGACCAAUAUUGCUGAAGCUGCUGGUGCAUCGGCCAUUCUCGUUAUAAACGACCAGAAAGAGCUUUUCAAAAUGGUAUGUGAAGUAAAUGAAACAUUCAUGGAAAUCAGCAUACCCGCAGUUAUGCUCCCACAAGAUGUCGGUGCAACUUUGGAAGAAAGUAUAAACAGAGAUCUUAACGUUACCGUACAACUAUACUCUCCUGAUCGCCCAUCAAUUGAUGUGGCUGAAGUGUUCUUAUGGAUUAUGGCUGUUGGAACCAUUUUAUGUGCGUCUUAUUGGUCAGCAUGGAGUGACAACGAAGCAAUUAAUGAACAGGAGAAGCUCUUAAAGGACGCGCCAGAUGAUUAUUUGAGGCCAGAUGAAAAUUCUUACAGUAGCGUGGUGGACAUUACCACAACAUCCGCGAUUCUGUUUAUUUUGAUAGCAUCUUGUUUCUUGGUCCUGCUUUACAAGUUCAUGUCAUACAAGUUUAUUGAAAUUUUGGUGGUGGUUUUCUGCAUUGGCGGCGUUGAGGGUUUGCAAACUUGUCUGGUGGCUUGGUUAUCAUGUUUCAGGUUCUUUGACCAUGCUCGUGAAUCAAAUGUUAAACUCCCCCUUCUGGGUGCUGUCUCAUACUUAACUCUGGGUGUUACUCCAUUCUGCAUAGCUUUUGCUGUCGUUUGGGCAGCCUAUCGCCGUGUUUCCCUUGCUUGGAUAGGUCAAGACGUCCUUGGUGUUGCGUUGAUAAUAACAGUUCUUCAAAUUGUACGAGUUCCAAAUCUCAAGGUUGGAACAGUUCUUCUCAGUUGUGCUUUCUUGUAUGACAUUUUCUGGGUCUUCGUCUCCAAAUGGCUAUUCCAUAAAAGUGUUAUGAUAGUGGUAGCUCGGGGUGAUAAUAGCGGCGAAGAUGGCAUUCCGAUGCUGUUAAAAAUUCCACGGAUGUUUGACACCUGGGGUGGCUACAGCAUUAUUGGGUUUGGUGAUAUUAUCUUACCAGGAUUGCUAGUAGUAUUUUCCCUAAGGUAUGACUGGCUAGCAAAGAAAAAGCUUCGAGGUGGAUACUUUCUUUGGACUAUAAUAGCUUAUGGUUUAGGUCUUCUCGUCACAUAUCUGGCCUUGAAUUUGAUGGAUGGGCAUGGUCAGCCAGCUUUACUCUACAUUGUACCUUUUAUGCUAGGCACAUUCCUGACGCUGGCAAACAGCCGAGGGGAACUCGACAACUUGUGGAACAAAGGAGAACCAGAGAGGAUAUGCCAGCAUGAGCCGUCGAAUUAAACCUACACUUUGACUGUGGAGAUCAUAUCUAACAACAUCUAGGAAUACAGAACUCAUAGCUAUAGAAUAGAAUCUGUACUUUCAUACACCUCUUUUGUGCAUUACCUCUUACAUUGUAAAAAAAUGUUUACCAUCAGAACAAAGCAAUAGACCUAGUUUGUUAAUAAUUUAAACUUGUGUGCACUAGCCUCACCAACAAAAAAACUUAGUAAAAUAUUUAGGGGAUGUUUGUUUUAA